AUGGCCCGUCCAUACAUGCACCCUAGACACGUGCAAGAUCGACACCUGCAAGACGAUACGGUGACUGGGGUCAAGGCUCCGGCAAAGCUGGAGGAUCGCGUUCACGGCGAGAGAUUGGCAAGAAGUAUGCGCGAUGGAGAAAUCGGUGUCAUUAGACUUGGGCUCGUAUUCGAGGGCACAUCAUGGUCCAUCCACAAAACGUUGAUGGAGAGCGAGUGCGAAAACCUCCAGUGGAACGAAGGGCUUGCCAGUGAAUACUUCAUCGGGUCUGAACAUAGCUCCGAGGCAGUCGACCUGUUCGUUGAGUGGCUAUAUACCCAGGAGUACUGCGAGAGACAAGGCCUAGCACAAGACUUUGCUGUCCCGAGUUUGCGAACCAUUAUCCUUCCAGACGGCAAACUCAAAAACCGGAACCUAAUGGAUUGGGCAAUCAAGGCAGCUUUCGCAUGCUGGGAACUGGGCGCCAGCUUACGCGCGAAGAACUUCCAGAACUACGCCAUGAAGCGUCUCUUCGAAGCCUUCUCUCGACCACUCUCGCAGCUACUGGUGCCGCAGUUACUCCAGCACACAUACUUCUUCUGUAAACGAUUUCCAAGGGCUUCUUGGCAGCUACAACACCUGAUCCAAGAUAUCAUCCUUCGCAACUGGAGUGAUGAGACCGUCGUUAAUCACAGGGGCGACUGGUAUCCGAUCAUCAACAGUUGCCAGGCCUUCGGCGAUACUUUCCAUAAGGCGAAGCAUCAGGACGUGGUCAAGAGGCGAGAGAAGAAGCUGAGUCUGGCAGACUACCUUAUCCACUAG